AUGGGCUCCGGUUCGCUUCCUCCUCAUCGCUCAUGGGCCUCGGCUCUGCUGCUCGCCGCGAUCGUGGCGGUCGUCUUGUUCGUCUUCGGCCCCGCCGGAAGCCAGGCCAUCACCGCCUCCGGACCCAGCAGCCUCAACAGCGUCUUCUCCACGUGGCAGACCGCCUACCUCUACACAAGGGACGACCUCACGUUCACCUACACUCCGGUCACUCAAGUAGCCGUGGCGCUCGCCGACACCGCGGUCGAUUUUGCGGUGGCGGAGAAGCCCAUCUUCAAGCCGGUCUCCGAUGCGAGCGGCGGCCAGCUGGCUCAGCUGCCCAUGGCGGCCAGCGCUGUGGUUGUGGGCUACAACCUGCCCAACGCCACCACGGACACACUCGUGCUCGACAUUCCCACCCUCGCCCGAAUCUGGCGUCGGGACAUCACCGUGUGGAACCACGCGGCCAUUGUCGCUCUCAACCCCGCCCUCGCCUCCACACUCACCAGCGACCCCAUCGCGCUGGUCUACAAGCAGGCGGCCGACCAACUGGAGGCUGACGUCACCGCGGCCUUCGUCCAGGCCCUCUCCCACGAUGCGGCCUUCGAGUCGGCGAUCACCGCCGCCGGAGGCACGCUCUACAGCAUGCUCGGAACCACCGGCUAUCCGAUCGCCAAUCAGAGCCAGGCCAUCAGUCUGCUCGACACCACCCCCUACACCAUGGGCUACUUCGCGCUCCGCGAUGCGGACCGGGUCGGAAUCAAGUACGCGGCGAUGAAGGACACCAACGGCACCACGGUGCAGGCCUCGACCACCUCGGUGCAGGCGGCCAUGUCCUACUACCGCGAGACCGUCAUCGCGCAGCAGUUCGUGGCCGACAUCUCCAACGGCGGCAACGGCAGCUGGCCGAUGAGCUUCCUCGCGUCUGUCGUACUCGUAACGCAGAACCUCCCGCUGACCGGGAAGCAACAACAGGUGAACGACUAUGCGGUUCAGCUGACGCAGAACGACGGCUACAUUCCGCUGGAUAUUGCCUACCGUCGCAACCUGAUCGACGUGAUGGGCACGGUCACGUGCAAUGGCGACCGGGCCUCCAGCUCGGCCUAUGUGCUCGGGCUCGGCGGCCCGCUGCCGGUCUACACGGCCUGGGCGUCGGAGUACACCGACAGCGCGCUCAAGCUCAAGUACUUCUCUGGCGAUGCGCUCACCUCGACUAAGUACAUGCAGUCAGAUGACAUCGACUUCGGUUCUACUGUGGUGCCCCUGAGCGCCGCGACUCUGGAGCCCAUGCCCGACGUGGUUGCCGUCAAAGUCAACGCCCACGCCUACUGCUUCACCUACAACCUUCCUGAAUUGCUGGGCCAGGACUCGAUCGUCCUUCACUGGGAAACUGUGUCGGACAUUUACCUGAACAAGAUCAAAAUGUGGAAUGACACGGCCAUCAAGGCGCUCAACCCAACCAUCGCUCACCUUCUCCCGGAGACUGAGAUCAUCGUGGCCUACGUCACCACCGCACAGACCUCUGUGCAGGCCAUCAUGGAGGCAAUCAGCGAUCGUGUGCCUGAGUUCAAGGACGAAGUUGGUCCGGUCUCUCUGCCCAACUUGCCCGUGGCCGCUGAGACAUGGCGCACGCGCACCGUGACUGGCCUGGGAACCAUGCAAGACUUGCUCCUGCAGACGGAGCACGUGUUCGCCGGCUGGGUCCACUUCUGGACGCUCAACGGUGCGCCCACGCUCCAGUUUGCCCGCAUUCCCAACGUCGAUGGCGGCCUUGUCAUCCCCGAGGAGGACACCAUCGUGUCAGCCAUCUCCCACUACCAGGGCGCCUCGACCGAUCUCUACAUCAAGAUGGCGCCUGGCGCCGACAGCUACCCGAUGGUGACCUUCAACGCGCUCAUGAUCCGCACGGAGACCAUGCGGGACUUCACCAAGGCGCAGGCGCUGGUCGACUGGAUCUACUGGAGCCAGACCGACUCCAGCGCCGCCCAGAUUGCCAGCUCAUCCCACAUGGUGGUGGCAUCGCUGGCCCAGCCGGCCAAGGCCACGCUGCUCGAGCAGCUGGCGAGCGUGACCUCGAACGGCGUGCAGGUCUUCUCGCUGGCCAACUGCAUCUACGAGGGCACCAUCUGCUUCGACCUGGGCAAGUGCGUGAGCGGCGCGUGCGUGUGCAACAGCAACCGCGAGGGCGACUUCUGCGAGAAUGCUAAAAGCGACAGCAGUUCGCUGGGUGUCAUCCUCGGCGCGGUGCUCGGCUCGACCAUUCCCGUGUUCAUCCUGCUGGUUCUUGCGGCCAUCCUGCUCGGCGUCGGCUGCUGGAUGCUCGGCCGGUCCAAGCGCAACGGGCGCCAGGACUGGGAAAUCGACUUUGACGAGCUCGAGGUGGGCGACAUCCUCGGCGCCGGAGGGUACGGCGAGGUGUACCGAGCCAUGUGGAAGGGAACCGAGGUCGCCGUCAAGGUCAUCGCCUCUGAGGAGCGGGCGCUGGCGAAGGACAUCCAACGCAGCUUCAGGGAAGAGGUGGAGGUGAUGACUGCGCUGCGCCACCCCAACGUAGUGCUCUUCAUGGCGGCGUGCACGCGGCCGCCGCGCAUGUGCAUCGUCAUGGAGUUCAUGGCCCUCGGCUCCCUCUACGACCUUAUCCACAACGAGCUGGUGCCGGACAUCCCGCUGCCCCUGGUGGUGCGGCUGGCGCUGCAGGCGGCCAAGGGCAUGCACUUCCUCCACUCGUCGGGCAUCAUCCACCGCGACCUCAAGUCGCUCAACCUGCUGCUCGACGCCAAGUGGAACUUGAAGGUGAGCGAUUUCGGCCUCACGCGGUUCAAGGGUGAUAUCAAGCGCGACGCCCAGCAGCAGCAGCAGGGCAGCAUCCACUGGCUGGCACCCGAGAUCCUGGCCGAGGAGCCCGGCAUCGAUUACGUGCUGGCCGACGUGUACGCCUUCGGCAUCAUUCUCUGGGAGCUCAUGUCCAGGGAGCAGCCCUAUUCUGGCAUGUCGCCCGCGGCGAUCGCCGUCGCGGUUAUCAGGGACGACGCCCGGCCCAAGACCCCGCAGGGUCUGCUGACCGACCCCGACUACGAGAAGCUGACAGCGGACUGCUGGCACCGCGACCCGACCGUGCGCCCGACCUUCCUCGAGGUCAUGACCCGCCUGUCGGCCAUGGUCGGCGGCACCACGAGCGGCGGCAGCUCUACGUCUUCGUCUUCGCUCACCGGCAAGCUCCGCAACACCGGGUCGGCGACGAGCAGCUCCUCGGGCAUGAACUCGUCGAGCAGCCUGUCGUCCAGCGACGCCACGAUCGGCGUCGGCGGCGGCGGCCGCGACCACCACGUGGGCGGCGUGCGGCCGCCGGAGGGCGAGAUCACGCUGGUGUUCACCGAUAUCGCCAAGGCGGCGUCGCUCUGGUCGGCGUGCCCCAACGCCAUGCGCGACGCAACGCUACUCCACAACGACACGCUGCGCUCGCUGUUGGCCAAGCACCGGGGCUACGAGGCCAUCUUCCUCAAGGAGAAGAUCGUCGGCGAGGGCUCCUUCUGCAUGGCCUUCACGUCCAUCAGCGACGCUCUCGAAUGGUGCGGCGAGGCCCAGCGCAAGCUGCUGGACCUCCAGUGGCCGGCGGAGCUGCUGGCGCAGGCCGAUGUGGCUGAGGAGAUCGGCGGCGUCGACGACCGCCUCAUCUUCCGCGGGCUGCGGGUACGGAUGGGCGUGCACGUGGGAGUGCCCAAGCUGCGGCGGGACCCGAUGUCGCGGCGGGUGGAGUACCUCGGGCCGCCGGUGGUGGCCGCGGCCAAGGUGACAGUGCUGGCCCAGGGCGGCCAGGUCCUCCUUUCGGGCUCCGCCUACGCCAAGAUCACCGCGACCGAGAUGGGCGGCGAGGCCAGUCGCUUCCAGCGCAUCGGCACAACCGAGCUCGACGGGCUCAGCGAGCUGGGCAAGGUGACCAUCUAUGAGAUGAAGGUCAAGGGCCUCGAGCCGCGCUACUUCGGCAACUUCGGCGCCUCGCUGGACGACGACUCGACCAGCGCGGGCAGGGGCAGCGCGCGGUACCACUCCUCGAACAUGCUGAGCGGCCGCAGCGCACGGAGCGACACGUCGGUCGACCUGGAGAAGCUGGCCAGCGGCACGGGCGAAGACGCCUUCCUCACGGGCGCCAACCUGGUCCGAUGGGUCAUCAAGUACGAGGACAUCCAGCUGGGCGAACAGAUCGGCACAGGCUCGUACGGCGUCGUGUUCAAGGGUUCGUGGAAGGGCGUCGACGUGGCGGUGAAGCGGUUCAUCAAGCAGAAGCUGGACGAGCGGCACCUGCUGGAGUUCAGGGCCGAGGUGGCGUGCCUGUCGGAGAUGCGGCACCCGAACAUCGUGCUGUUCAUCGGAGCGUGCCUGCGCAUGCCCAACCUGUGCCUGGUCACCGAGUGGGUCAAGCAGGGCUCCCUCAAGGCUCUCCUCGGCAACUCGACCAUCAAGCUCCCCUGGCAAGUGCGACUUCGCAUGCUGCGGGACGCGGCGCGCGGAGUGCACUAUCUGCACACGCUCGAGCCGUGCAUCGUGCACCGCGAUCUCAAGCCAUCGAACCUGCUGGUGGACGAGUCGUGGAACGUCAAGGUGGCCGACUUCGGCUUCGCCCGCAUCAAGGAAGAGAAUGCCACGAUGACCCGGUGCGGCACGCCGGCGUGGACAGCGCCGGAGGUGAUCCGCGGCGAACACUACUCCGAAUCGGCCGACGUGUACAGCUUCGCGCUCAUCAUGUGGGAAAUGCUCACGAGGAAGCAGCCAUAUGCGGGGCGCAACUUCAUGGGCGUGACGCUGGACGUGCUCGAGGGCAAGCGGCCGCAGGUGCCCGCCGACUGCCCCGCUGACUACGCCGAGACCAUGACCCAGUGCUGGAGCGGCAAGCCCAAGAAGCGCCCGAGCAUGGAGGAGGUGGUUCAGUUCCUUAACAGCUGCAUCGGCACCAACGACGUCUAA